AUGAAUGGAUCAGGAUUCUCUGAAAAUCUAUCGAAUUCGCCAAUUUCAGCACUGGAAACUCCGAACAUGGAAUCAUUCCUGAUGAUUAAAACACCGACGCUCAAUUCUCUGAAUCUAUCGAAGUUUCAGUUCUACUUUGAAAUUUCAUUAAAGUUCAAGUGCCAAAGAGAACAUCAACAUAUAUUCUCCCAAUAUUUUUUCUCAUAA